ACGCCGGCUCGGGGCAGCGGCUGGCGCUGAGGAGGCUCCGGGCCCGCUCCCGCCCCGCCCCGGCGCGGCCCGGCCCGGCCGGCACUCGGCGCCCGCCAUGGCGGGGCUGGGGCCGGCCGCGGAGCCGCGGCCGCUGCUGGUCAAAAUCGUCAUGGCCGGAGAGUCCUGCGUGGGGAAGACGUCCAUCGUGCGCAGGUACACGGAGCCCGACUCGCCUGCCGCCGGCUCUCCCGCCACUUCGUACAUGGCCACGAUCGGCAUUGAUUUUAAAGUAAAGCCAGUAAUGUUUAAUGAUACAAGAGUGAAACUUCAAAUUUGGGAUACUGCUGGCCAGGAACGGUUCCAUACACUUAGUACCAGCUAUUUCCGUGGUGCACAAGGCUUUGUUCUCGUAUAUGAUAUCACAAAUCUGAAGAGUUUUCAAAGUAUAACAAUCUGGAUAAAUGACAUAUAUGAGAAAGCAGGUGAUGAAGUGGACGUAAUACUGUUGGGCAACAAGUGUGAUAAGGAGUCAGAACGGGUAGUUCCAAAACAGAAAGGAGAAAAGCUUGCUUGGGAAUACGGAAUGCCAUUUUUUGAGACCAGUGCUAAAGAAAACGUGAACAUUGAGCAUGCAUUCUCAGUCUUGACUAAGGAAAUCCUGGAAAAGGGAGUGGUUAACAGCUCCUGAGUAGCUCCACUUCUGUGACAGGAAGAUUCCUUUCUCCUCUGGGUUUCUGCAGAGUGUGCAUACAGUGAAGAUUCCGCAUGAUGAUGGAAUCAGUGGAGCUUUUAUGUUCAGCAAUCAAAUGUUUUAUCCAAGGUUCAUGGCUGUUUGUUUGGUUGAUUUACACUAGUGCUUUUGAAGUUACCAGGGCCUAAAGAUUUUAGUUAAUUAGUGGUAGAAUCAAUAUUGUAUCUCUCAGAAUCAGCAUCUCUCUAACUUCAGUGUGUUGGCUUAAAGGUCCUUACUCUUCAAAGUUGCAAUUCUUUUGUAGGACUGAAUUAUUGUUCAUUAGCUCUGAAAAUGUUUUGCAUUGCAAUUUAUUUUUAGGCAGCAGAAUAUUAUUUUAGACUUUAAUAGAUGUUCUUCAUGCAAUGUAUUAUCACUGCCAUUCAUCACCAAUAUUAGUUAUACAAAACUAACCUUCCACUCCAAAUACUCUUCAAGUCAUAAUAAAGAUAAAUGAGCAAAAUUACUGACAAAGUCACAAGUAGCAGUGUUUUGAUUAAGUAGCCAUGGGGGUGGUCAGAAUAACAGCUCAGGGUUGGACUGCUUCUAAAUUGGGGUCCUGUCAUACUACAUAGUAACACAAGUUGUAGUUGGUAAUUUUGGGAGAGGAAAAAAAAAGGCAAAAAAAUAAUUUCAUUACUUUGACAUGAAAGUGAAGCUCAGCAACUGAACAGUCAAAUGUUGUUUAGAACAGGAGGAUAAUGGCAGGCCCUUGAGUUACUGAGCUUGUUGGAAAAAAGUCUCAAGUAAAAUAACUCUGAUUUUGUUGUAAAUGAAAAAGGCAUUGUCUACUGUAAAUAGAGAAUAUAUUGUCAGUAUGAAACAUGAAAACUACAAAACAAUAGCUAUGAUAAUAACUGCUGCAAAGACAAAUAUGUGUGAAGUGAGCAUUUCUGCAGAAUGUUUGGAUGAUAUCU